UGUCACACGAUGAAUAAAAAAGGAAAGGUUAUAUUCUGCUUAACGGAAAUUGUGCCAAUCAGCAGCAACAGCAGCAGCAGCAGUUCUUCAGAUAGUAGCGAUGAUAAUAAACAAUCAUAUAUUUUAUCUGAUGACAGUUGGGUAGAAGAAACGAUUAAAGACGACCCAAUAUUCUUUUCAUUGAUGCAGGGUUUAAUAUUUGGCAAUCGUCGAAAUCGUGUCCAAAAUUAUGUGCAUCUUGUAGAAUCAUGGACCAACAUCGAAUUUCAAGAGCACUUGCGAUUACGUAGAAAUACAGUAUAUCAAUUAGUUGAUGACAUACAAGAAUCUGGAUUUAUUCCGCAGAAUUCAUUUGGUAUGAAGCCAAUCACAGCGAAAGUGAGCGUUUUUAUAUUUCUUUGGUUUAUGGCCAACACCGAACCCUUAAGAACGAUUGCAGAUCGUUUUGAUGUGUCGAUUUCUUCUGUAUUUCGCGUUGUUCGUAGAGUUUGGCUUUUAACAAAAUUAAAUGAUGUCAUUAAAUGGCCGCAAGGACAUAAUAUAACGACAAUAUCUAAUGAUUUUUUUUUGUUAAAAAAUAUUCCAAAUGUUAUAGGAGCAAUUGACUGUUCUCAUAUACGUAUUGAAAAACCUCCCGAUAACGAAAGCCAUUAUUGUAACCGCAAAAAAUACUUUUCGUUGAAUUUACAAGCAGUUGUAGAUUCCAAAACAAGAUUCACUAAUGUUUACUGUGGUGAACCUGGUUCGUUACAUGAUGCUCGUGUAUUAAGAAGAUCACCAUUACAUUCAAUUGCAAGCAGAGAGCAAGAAAGAGUAUUUCCUAAUAAUACGUUCAUACUCGGUGAUUCAGCAUAUCCUUCUUUGCCAUGGCUUGUUCCUCCGUUUCGAGAUAACGGUCAUUUAACCCCUCAACAAAGAGAAUUUAAUUAUCUACAUUCAUCAACUCGCAUGAGUGUUGAAAGAGCAUUUGGCUUAUUGAAGGGAAGGUUUCGCAGAAUAAAAUUUUUCAAUGAAUAUAAAACUAUUAGUUUUGUAACUGAUAUAACGAUCGCGGCAUGUAUACUUCAUAAUUACUGUAUUAAUGCGAAUGAUGAUCUUGACAUAAUGGAAGAUGAUAAUGAACUUAUUGUCAACAACAAUCAUGAUAAUCCUGAGGAAAAUAUUCCAAAUGAAAUUGCACAAGAUCGUCGAAUGCAUUUAUUUAACGAAUUAUUUCCAGAAAUGUAAUUAAUAUAUUUUUAUAACAUACUUAUUUAUUAGCCUUAUAUAAAAGUUGAAUGGUAAAUAACGUGAACUUUUUUAUCGAAACUAAGCACAUUUAAUCAACUGUACGAAAUAAAUGUAUCAAAACGUAAAAGAAAAAA